GCUCCCGGGCACGAAGUAUGGGAUGAAAGAACAUGGAUACAUGGCAGGGAUCCGGUUUCUACAGGUCGGGAGAUGAAAAGGGGGAAAGAAACCGAUGUGGUUUAGGUUCCAAGUCAGGAUGAUCGAUGUACAGGAGGCCGCAGGCGCAGAUAGCUAUGAGCUAGCUAUAUGCUAUGCUGCCCCCCAUCGGCCGGUGGGGUAUCGAACAAAGAGGGAGGCGCCUGGGAACACGCCUGGAGCGAAGGGCAUGAGACGGGGCCAACUCACGAUCGGCACGGAAGCAUUCAAGGGCCCAACGCUUUUGGAGCCGGACGGAACGUGUUCAAGGACGAGACCAACCGUCCAAACCCAUAAGUCGGCGAGAAGAGGACGAAACCUGGAUGGAUGCUCGACUGCGCGCCCGACGACGAUUGCUGAUGGACUUUUGGCUCGUGUGGGGGAGCGCCAGUCACCUGACGGCCCGAAAAUUUCCGUCCUGAAAUUUCAGGAAUCAGCCCGCCUCGCGUCCUUUAGGCAAGCAGCUUGGGCAAGAAUCAGGAAUCAAGAAUCAAGAAUGCGUCGUCGCUCCUCGUAAUUAAUUCCUUCCCAGGGCAGUUAGAUAGCUGUUUGCAUGCCGAGCACAGGAUCACGGCUUUGCAUAAAAUGC